AACCGGUUCAGCUGCUGCAGUGCGGCCGUUAGCCUCCAGCUAGCCGCCCUGCUGCUCAUCACCCGGUCCUGGUCCGGUUUCAGCCCGGUUCGGGUGCCAGCCUGCGGUCAGGGCCGCUUCAUCAGCAGGUCAGACAAGUCUAUCAAACCACACGUAGACAUUCGGACUUACUGCUGUCUCACAAAUGUCUGUUCACAUUUUUAGCAAUUUUAACGGCUCACAGUUUGUGUCGCUGUGAUGUCCUACCGUAACAACCUGCCGUAGGAUUUUGUAAUAAAAUCCGGAUUGAGAAAAUCUACUGAAAUGAUGUAAAUUCAAAUAAAAUCUCAACUUUUAAACCCCAUUAUUUGAGACUGCUCGGUACCGCCCUCCGUGUGGGAGCGACCAGACGGACCCGGGUUCAGAAACACCGACUCUUUAUUAAAAUAAUCACUCGUUGAUGUGAGAAGUGUAGGCCGAAGUGAGUGGGACGUUCCGUUUCAUCAAAUAUGCCAUUUCUUUAAGGUCUGUCGGACUGCCAGCUUCACCCAUGAGCACAGACGCAAUACAGCGCUGAAAUUUUAACGCAGUUCGGCGUGACGCUCCUACCGCACAGACCUCCACCGCUGAGACGGCUGGAGAAGGUCUGGAUUUUAUCUCAAGUGGGAUUUUUGGACUACUUAUAUGCGCCGAACUGGAGAGGACACCCUGUCGAUCUGCUCACUGCCACAUUUUUUAAUAUUUCGCUUGUUCUUUAGUAAAGAUAUGCUGUAAUGUGAGUUUUAAAACGGAAUCUGGUGCUGAUGUAGCUUCGUUUGGAGAUGUGUGUCCCGCUGGAACCCCGAAAUGAAGACAGAAUUUUAUAUGAUACCUCUGCUGUAAGUUUUAAUAGGUUGUUGGCUUAACUGGACUGGAAAUAAGAGUUAAAACCUCCCUUUUGUUAGCUGACUCUGGUGUGUUGUUGCCUCCGCAUUAAAGAGAGCGAGGAUUGGUUUGGAAAGCGUCCCCGGGAUGGUGUUUGACAGCGGCAGGCUGUGGGGUCUGCUCCCCGCUCCAACUAACACUGUGGGAUGUUAUAGAUGUUCCUCAGAGAAGUGGAGGUUUUACUGAAAUAUUCGCAGCUUGUGGGACACUGUGUACGCCGAAUCGAAGACCGGCCGAUGUUGAUUUGUAAUAUGUUUGCUUUGGAACUUCUGACCGUCCGCUUCGCCCUCAAAUGAGCGAAUGAAUGUUAUAUUAUUAGACCUUUGAGCGGAGUCUGGCGUGACGUUCCCUCCGUCGCGGACAGAGCGAGCAGGGAUCUCCUUGGAAACGGCUAGUGACAGUCCCCCGCCCCUCCCGCCCCCUCCUCUCAUCAGAGAUGGUUGGUACUGAGAUCCGCCGCCUGCUCUCCCACUAACAGCCAGUAGCAAACUGGGCCGCUUCCAGUGAGCAGAUGUUCCCCAGCAGAAUGGCUCUGAGCCAGUCCAGCCUGCUGUGCGGUCCGCUGGAGGAGCUGCAGGAGCUUGCCUUCAUCGAGAGGCCUAUCCGCAGGAGUCUCAAGACUGCAGAGGAGAUCGAUCAGCUGACUGUAGAUGAAGACCUGAACGACAUCGAGAGAGCCGUCUACCUGCUCAGUGUGGGUCAAGAGGUGCAGAGGGCCAGCGUCAUCAGUAACCUCCCAAGUCUUGUCCGCCAGAAUCCAGCUGAGACUUUUCGCCGUGUCGUACCAAAAGUUCGGGAGGUCCUGAAUGGAGCCGGAGGUGAAAUCCAACUGGCAGCAGCAGGGUCAUUUUUAACAAUCCUCCAGGACGACAUCAUCCUGAUCCAUACCCACACCUACUCCAUCCUGAAAACUGUUCUGCUGCACCUGAACCACCGGGACACAGGUAACCCACACCUGUACUAUCAAGACGCAGUGAUUAGCAACGCCUGGUUAGAAACUCUGCUGUCAGCGAUCAACGCUCUGCCCAAAGAGACCAUUAAACAAGAGGUGCUAAACCCUCUCCUAUAUCAGUCUCAGCUGUCUCACUCGCUUCAGGCUCGUCUGGCCAGCUGUCGCAUUUUAGGGAAAGUUGCCUGCAAGUUUGAUUCUCACAUAGUGAAGAAGGAGCUGCUGCCACUGGCUCGUUCUUUAUGUCAGGACCCAGAGUUUGAGGUCAGAGCAUGUAUGUGCCGUCAGCUGGAGGGUAUCGCCAGAGCCACUGGGGUGGAUGACACCAGAAUGGAGCUCCUCCCUGAGCUGGUGGAGCUUGCUGGAGACGAGGACAGCACUGUUCGUCUUGCUGCCUUUGACACCAUCAUCAACCUGAUGGAGAUGAUGGACAGCGAUGACCGACUCCAUGUUGUGAUUCCCCUGGUGAUGUCGGUGUGUGAGGCCUCAUCGCAGGCAGAUGAGGCCAUCGUGGCGUCUCUGUCGUUCCAGUUUGGGAAGCUCUGCAGCGGACUGGCAGGGUCUCUGUCAGAGGAGCAGAAGGGUCGUUUACUGCAGAGGUUUAAGGUGCUGUGUGUCGCCGGACUGCCGACUGAAGGCAACCAGACUGACGGCAACAACGAGGCUACGCUGAUUCGCUGCAACUGUUGCUACAACCUACCGGCCAUGGUGGUGUUUGCGGACUCGGUUCACUUCUUGUCGGAGCUUUACCCCUCUUUCUCCAGUCUUUGUAGUGACCCAGAGGUCAGCGUCCGGCGAAGUGCUGCAGCCAGUUUCCACCAGGUGGUGAAGCUGCUCGGUUCAAAUGUCCAGCUCGUCCACAAGGAGCUUCUGUCUCUGCUGCAGGACGAUGCUCUAGAGGUGUUGGAUGCUUUGAUGAAUUACUUGGAGGAAACUCUGGAGACAGUUCUAUCUAGAGGAGAGAACCUUGCCCUGGACAAUAAGUUUCCAGAGCUGCUGUCGGCACUGCUGUUAGCAGAACAGAAAGUUGGAUGUUCUCUGCGUUGGCGGCUACAUGAGAAGCUGCUGCAGCGUUACUGCUGCCUGGCCAGACUGCUUCCUGGAGAACUGCUGCACCAGAGCUUCUCUCCUCGUAUCUUCAUUAUCCUCACCACUAAUAAAGUAUUGCCAGUGCAGAAGGAGGCGGCUCGUACAUUUUGCACUUUUCUGCGCUACAACCGCAAACAGGAGCAGCGUCAGGAGAUGAUGGAGCGACUGAUCCAGGAUCUCGCUCAGGGUCGCAGUUACUGGAACCGUCUAAGAUUCCUUGAUGUUUGUGAAACUGCCACCGAGAUUUUCUCCCGUAAAUAUUUCAACGAACACUUCUUGAUCCCAGCACUGGAGCUGGUUCAUGACCCUGUUGCCAAUGUCAGGUACAAGCUGUGCCAGUUGUUGCCCAGGUUGCGCUCGUCACUCCGCUUGCCAGCUGACAAACAGCUGCUGCAGAAACUUGACUUCUGCGUCCAGAAACUUCUCUGCAGAGAGAAAGACAAAGACGUGGUGGCCACUAUCCGCAAGACAGUGUUGGAACUGGACAAACUGGACCUGUCAGAACCUUUUCACAAGAGGCAGGAGAGGGACUUGCUAGACCAGAAGAAGGAGAAGGAGGAAACUCUGCUACUGGAGAUGGAACAGCUGGAGCGCCAACAGAGCGAUGGAAAGCUGAACUCUGAUAAACAUACGGAAAGAAAACGAAGAGACAGUAAGACCAGUCUGUCUGCAACAAAGUCCAUGUCAGUGUCUUCAUCUGGAACAGUUGCAUCCUCUGGUAAAGAAAUGAGGAAGGCUAAACUGUCUCGGAGUCGGUCCCUCAGCAGUCAACCAACAUCGUCCAAACCUCUGAACUCAGACCGAACUCUGAAAGUGAAAGAGCUGAGCAGCACAUCUGGAUCUGGGAAGUCCGCCAUGUUGUCCAGCAAAGAUGACUCCUUAAGGACUGCCCACUUCACCAUGGCCACCCAGUCUGCCACCUCCAUGCCGGUCUUGAUCCGCAGCAACACGACUAGCCUCCUGGACAGGGCCAGUACUCUGGACCAGAGAGACCAUAGAUCCAGUACACUGGACCACAGAACUAGUAACAUGGACCACAGGAACAAUAUGAUGGACCACAGAACCAGUACCUUGGACCAUAGGACCAGUGCCAAUGACCAGAGAGACUACAGAACCAGUACCCUUGACCAGAGAGACUACAGAACCAGUCCCUUGGACCAGAGAGACCACAGGACCAGUACCUUGGACCAGAGAGACCACCGGGCCAGUACCUUGGACCAGAGAGACCAUAGGAACACUACUUUGGACCAGAGAGACCACAGGACCACUACCAUGGACCAGAGAGACCACAGGACCAGUACCUUGGACCAGAGAGACCAUAGGACCAGUACCUUGGACCAGAGAGACCAUAGGACCAGUACCUUGGACCAGCGUAGUAAAACGAUGGACCGUGGAUGCGGGGUGAAGGACAGCCAAUCCAGGAAGCUCUCAAUAAACAGGAAGUCGAACUCUUUUAGUGUCCAGUCAGGACGAGACUGAAGAUGGUGGUCAUCAUCCUCCACCAGGCCAUCAGCCAAUCAAGGAGAGGUUGCCAUAGAGACAGCAGCUACAGGAGGUUACCCAGAAUGCAACAGGAUAUCAUCUCUGCCUUACAGUCACAAACAGAGACAGUAGAGUCUGACUUCUAUUUAUAUCUACUGAGCACUGUGUAUUCUAAUGAUUUCAUUCUGCCACCUGAUUGGUUCAGUAAACUCCACUCAUACAAA